CAACACCUGCGUAAAUGGAUGGAGGUGGUGGUCCUAACGCAUAAAGGAGGCCAGAGGAGCGAUGGAAACGAAAUGAAGAUUUGCUCAGCAAUUAUAAACCUGUUUCAUCUGAUCCCAGCUGCUCCCCAGACCCUGGUUAAACCUUUGCUGGAAGUGGUGAUGAAAACGGAACGAGCCAUGUUGAUUGAGGCUGGCAGCCCCUUCCGAGAACCACUGAUAAAGUUUCUGACCCGGCAUCCGUCUCAGACGGUGGAGCUCUUUAUGAUGGAAGCGACCUUGAAUGAUCCACAGUGGAGCAGGAUGUUCAUGUCCGACGAAGUGUGCGAGCAGGGUAAACCCAUUUCGGGACAUAUCCUUACAGUCAAGAUGUACGGGGAGAGGGAGGGAGGGAGGACUCACACCAGAGGCAUUAUAUGGCACAAGCUGAAGGUCCGAGCUGCAUCUUAUACUCCCACAGCCGAAUAUAAAGCUCCUUAG